AAAUAAACAAAAUACUUAAUCCUACUUAACAUCAACGUUUAUCCUAUAAAUCUGGAAAAAGAGAAACAAAAUCUCAUAAUCUUCGAUUAAGAACAACCAAAUUAUCCCAAGUGUUUGGCUUUGGUUUCUCAUUUCAUAAUAAUUGGCCAAUUGUCAUUACAAGAAUCAACCUUACAAUUAUUAUUAAUCCAAGCAAGUGGAAAAAAAGGAGAAGAAGAAAAAGAAAAAAAAGACAGAGUAGAGGAAAUUAAAAUAAAGAACUCUAUUACAUUAAUUUUAUUAUACAGCUAAAAAGUAUGAAAAACCGAAGCAAAGGAAAAAUCUCACCUCAAUGUAUUUUUAUUUUAUGUUUCUGCAGUUUCACGCUUGGCGUGCUUUUCUCUAAGAGAAUUUGGGCUCCACGAGAAUCAGACGGACGGAUCACAUUUCCAAGGUGGUACAACCGAGAGAUAAAACUGAGUUCUGUUGCUGAUGAUUGUGAAACCAAAAAGAUCCAGGAGGAUGAUGUGCUGGGAGAGUUUAACAAAGCCCAUGAAGCUAUUAGGUCGUUAGAUAGUUCAAUUGCUAAAAUCCGAUUUGAGCUGCCUUCAACUAAGGCUUUCCUUGGUAUGAAGAAAAUGGAAGAUUUACCUACCAUGACCACCACAGAUUCUGAAAGAACUGGGAUCAUGAUAAGGAAGCCUUUUAUGGUAAUCGGAAUAAACACUGCCUUCAGUGGUAGAAGGAGGCGUGAUUCCAUUAGAGAAACUUGGAUGCCUCAAGGCGAAAAGCUACUCCGAUUAGAACAAGAAAAGGGGAUCAUUGUCCGCUUCAUGAUAGGCCACAGCGCUACAUCCAAUAGCAUUUUAGAUCGAGCAGUUGAUCUUGAAGAUGCUCAGCACAAAGACAUUCUUCGCCUAGAUCACAUAGAAGGAUACCAUGAGUUAUCUGCAAAGACAAAAGCCUUCUUUACCACUGCAGUUGCACAGUGGGAUGCCGAGUUCUAUGUAAAGGUCGAUGACGAUGUUCAUGUUAAUUUAGGUACUCUGGCUGUAACUCUAGCCAGGCAACGGUUGAAAUCCAGGGUGUAUAUAGGAUGCAUGAAAUCGGGACCAGUUCUUCAUCGAAAGAAUGUUAAGUACCAUGAACCUGAGUUCUGGAAAUUCGGAGAGGCAGGAAAUAAGUACUUCCGACAUGCAGCUGGACAAAUAUAUGCCAUCUCGAGAGACCUCGCAAAAUACAUUGCCAAUAACCGGCCCAUUUUGCAUAAGUUUGCAAAUGAAGAUGUGUCGCUCGGUGCAUGGCUAAUUGGUCUUGAAGUCGAGCACAUUGAUGAACGUAGCAUGUGUUGUGGCACUCCACCUGAAUGCGAAUGGAAAGCGCAAGCAGGUAAUGUUUGUGUAGCAUCAUUUGAGUGGACCUGCAGUGGAAUUUGCAGAUCGGUCGAGAGAAUCAAGCUUGUACAGGCCAAGUGUGGCGAAAGUGCUGCUACUCUUUGGGGUGCUCUCUUGUAGUUGGCAUUACUCAGAUGCGGAUUUUGAGUUUAUAGGUUAAGAAUUCUAGAAAAGCCAGCUAUUGAUAAAGUAUUUAUACAUGUUAAAUGAAAUUUUAACAUAAUGUAGGAUAUGGCUCAAAGAUAAUGGGUUCUGUUGAAUCCAUAAGUAUAAUUGUAGCGCCACCCUGUCUAGAGCCACAAUAUUUUUCUUCUUUUUUGAGAUAUUUUGGUGAUGGAAGGCUGUCAAAGAAAGGAGGAGCAUACAAAUUGUUGGAGUAGCUUUUGUUUGUAUUAGCUACAUAGCUUUCCACAUAAGAUUAAUUCUUUUUGGAUGUUAGAAUUACAGAAUUUUGUACUUCCAAAUUUUCAUUCCACAAUGUAUAUUGUGAUCUAGUAUUCAGUGGAAUUCUUUGGUUAGAUUUGCUAGUUUUUCUUUUCUUUUCGCAAGUGUUUACAUCUUCAUAGAUGACAAGCUAUAAAUGUGAUGUACAAAUGA